UAAAUUCACUAUCUCACCACCAUUCACAUCAUCUAACAGAUACGGGACAGUCCGACGGCCACUAUGAAAUACUUGGCUCUAGCUUUAUUCUUUUGUGUGCUGCCUUCAAAUGCAAAUGCGGUGUGCUCCCGAAAUCGCAUGCCACUACAAGGUAUAACCCAUUGUCAGGAUGAAUGGGAUAAGACUUGGCACGCUGUAGGAUCCAAGUGGAGGAACAGUGCAUGUAUGGACUGUUCCUGUGGAGGAUGCUGCCAGGCGUAUUUAACCCCAGUCGAUUUCCCCGAAGACUGCGUGUCAGUGUUUGAUGCAGGAGCAUGUAAAUACAAAGUUCACAUGAGGGAUGACCCCUCCACCCCAUGCCCCAGGUACUCAGCUGUAGGAAAGUGAUGGAAUAAUUGUUCUGCCCUGCAAUGACCUUACUUGGUUUGCAUAUUCCCUUAUAUGUUUCUCAAUAGAAUCCAUUUUAAUACCUGA